GCAUGAGAGCCUGGUGUUUUUCCACUCUCUCCGUUAUUACAUGCGCUCGUAUAUAAGACAGAAGUCGGGGGGAGAGGGCGUAAAGAUUAUUUCCCUCGCUUUGUAGCCUCACCACAAGAAGACAAAAGAACAAGAGACGGACUUGAGCAAUAAAUUGCAUUGUCAGCAUGGCACAGAAGGAAAAGUUGCAGUGUCUGAAAGAUUUCCAUAAGGACACGUUGAAGCCGUCUCCCGGUAAGAGUCCUGGCACACGUCCUGAAGACGAGGCGGAGGGCAAAGCGCCGCAGCGGGAGAAAUGGGCCAGCAAGCUGGAUUUCGUGCUCUCUGUGGCCGGAGGUUUCGUUGGUUUAGGCAACGUUUGGCGUUUUCCGUACCUCUGCUACAAGAAUGGCGGAGGUGCAUUUCUCAUCCCCUACUUCAUAUUUCUGUUUGGCGGAGGUUUGCCCGUCUUCUUUCUGGAGGUGGCGCUCGGCCAGUUCACCUCUGAGGGAGGAAUCACUUGCUGGGGCAAACUCUGCCCCAUUUUCACCGGAAUCGGCUACGCUUCGAUAGUGAUCGUCUCUCUGCUGAACAUCUACUACAUCGUGAUCCUGGCCUGGGGUCUGUACUACCUGCUGCAGUGUUUCCAGCACGAGCUGCCCUGGGCCCGCUGCAGACACAGCUGGAACACGGCCAACUGCGUGGAGGACACCGUCCGCAAGAACAAAACCCUCUGGCUCUCCGCUAACGUCACCAGCCUCACCAACCUCACCUCGCCGGUCACCGAAUUCUGGGAGAGGAACGUCCUCAGCAUCUCUUCGGGGAUCGACGAGGUCGGAGGUCUGAAGUGGGAGCUGGCGCUGUGCCUGCUGGCCGUCUGGAUCAUCUGCUUCUUCUGCAUCUGGAAAGGAGUCAAAUCCACUGGCAAGGUGGUCUAUUUCACAGCGACGUUUCCUUUCCUCAUGCUGAUUGUGCUGCUGGUUCGUGGCGUGACUCUGCCUGGUGCCGCCGAGGGCAUCAAGUUUUACCUUUACCCCGAUCUGACCCGCCUAAAAGACCCUGAGGUGUGGAUUGAUGCAGGCACUCAGAUCUUUUUCUCAUAUGCUAUUUGUCUUGGUGCGAUGACAUCAUUGGGAAGCUACAACAAGUACAAGUAUAACUGUUACAGGGACUGCAUGCUGCUGGGAUGCCUGAACAGCGGUACCAGUUUCGUGUCAGGCUUUGCCAUCUUCUCCGUCCUGGGGUUCAUGGCACAGGAGCAGGGCGUGGCCAUCGCCGAUGUGGCAGAGUCAGGUCCUGGUCUGGCCUUCAUCGCGUAUCCAAAGGCCGUCACAAUGAUGCCGCUGCCGACGGUCUGGGCCAUACUUUUCUUCAUAAUGCUUCUGCUGCUGGGCCUAGACAGUCAGUUUGUAGAAGUGGAGGGUCAGAUCACCUCUCUGGUGGACCUGUACCCAUCCCUCCUAAGGAAGGGAUACCGGAGAGAAAUCUUCAUCGCUGUAAUCUGCGUCAUCAGUUACCUGCUGGGACUCACCAUGGUCACUAAAGGUGGCAUGUACGUCUUCCAGCUGUUUGACUACUACGCCGCCAGCGGUGUGUGCCUUCUCUGGGUUGCAUUCUUUGAAUGUGUUGCAGUAGCCUGGGUUUACGGGGCUGAUAAUUUCUACGAUGCUAUAGAGGACAUGAUCGGCUACAGACCCAACGGCUGGAUGAAAUGGAGCUGGAUGCUGAUCACUCCCGUCCUUUGUGUGGGUUGUUUUGUCUUUUCAUUGGUGAAAUACAAGCCGCUCACCUAUAACAAGCUUUACGAGUAUCCUGAUUGGUCCAUUGGAUUGGGUUGGGCUCUUGCACUGGCUUCUAUGAUUUGCAUCCCGAUGAUGGUCGUCAUCAAAAUCAUCCAAUCAGACGGCUCCCUGAUAGAGCGGAUCAAAGCCGUCGCGGCGCCGGUUAAAGGAGGCGCGAGCUCUCGUCCUAAGGAGUACAGUCUGAAGAACAGCGAGCUGCUUCACCCGCUGGACCCCAACGGCAUCCACGUCUUCACCAAACACAGCCACACCAUCGUAGAAACUACUAUGUGAGGCUCUCUAAGAGAGAUUCCCAUAUUCUCCCGCUCCUGUCCUCUCCUAUGGGAGAUCCCGUUUUCCCUGUUGUCCCGCUCCCUUCCCCACCAUUCCUCUCUCGCUCUGCACUAGUGCGUUUUUAUGAAAUGAUCUUAUAUCGAUAUAUCUUUUUUGCCAUGUAGGGUUUGUAUUCUGAUUGUAAUCAAUGGUAUUAGCAUUAAUGCUGAUAUUGUAAUAACCUGAUGUGAGCUUUAACCGUCUGGGGCGGUUUGUUUAAUCUGUAGUGCACUGUUUCACAUUAAACCACGUCCUAACCAGGAACGACACAUGAUUUACUGCCCACUGCAUUACGAUUUCUUUCAUAGCAAUCAGAUUUUUGAUCCUGAACAGCCACAAUGAGACAUUUCGCUUUCUAUUUUGGUCCUGUCACUCACUUAUUUUAUUUGAAUAAUCUUAAAUGUUCUUUUGAAUUGAAUUUGAAUGAAAUUACAUUUUAUUUGGAAUAUUAUUCCUAAGUGAAUUCUGAAUUUUCUACUUCCCUGCAAUAAUAAAUUUAUUUAAAAAUACUUAAAAUCAGGAAAUUUCUACUUUCUUAUCAGAUUUUAAUUCAUGUUCUAUAGAUACCAUAUAUAUAUAUAUAUAUAUAUAUAUAUAUAUAUAUAUAUAUAUAUAUAUAUAUUAUAUAUAUAUAUAUAUAUAUAUAUAUAUUUAUAUAUAUAUUUAUGUUUUAUAUUGUGAAUGCUGUUCACACUAAUUCUAAAACAAAUUUUUUAAAUAGGUUUAUAAUAUCAUCAAUAAUUCGAAUUUUUAUAAUGCUCUUGAAUACCACUUAGCUCAAAAUGGAUCUGACCGGUCCAAACUCCUGCUCCGCAUAGAUUUACAUACAUAAAUCAUUGAUCCGAUUCAAAUUGUAUCGCUUUGCAUGGCAUUUUACUUCCUGUGAGGACUUUUAUUGUGUCGCACCUGGUUAGUACUCAAUUCAUCAGCAGAGAGAGCGAGUUUUAGCUUCAUUUUUAGAAAAAGACAUACUGUAAAACAGCAACGAACUAAAUGUGACAUAAGCUACAUUAUGACGUCCGUCAGUGGUUGUGGCAGUAACUCUCGUUUCGAUGAGGUUUUUAAAUGUUCUUUGUCUUGAAGAAAAAUGAAUGUACCUCCGCUUUGAGCGGACGCCGUGCACGACAUGCACAAACACGUAAGACAUAAGCAAACCUUGACGCUCCGUCUUGUCGUCUCUCCUUGAACCAUAGUGAUCACUGCCAUCGCACACAUCGAGUUCCUCUAACACUGUAGGCAGCUGUGUUCACUAAUAGAAGUAUCAUUUGAUGCACUAUUAUAAGCGUCACUUACUGUAAGAUGAUCCGAGAGCUGAUGAUUAUCAAACACCACACAGGGCCGUUUGGCAGCACUUUAUUAGCUGUUCAUGUACAGCGAGGUCUGACAAUGCUUGUAUAUAUUUUUUUCCAAGAAAAUAAAUUCAGCAACCAUAUUUGAAUUCGUUUGGUAUCGUAUAUCCUUCCGAAAGGCUGCUGUACAUACUAUAUAUUCAUUUUUUGGAUCGUUUCAUUACGAGUUACACCAUCAGCAUAAGAAUCAGCCGACAUGAACAAAGCCCGAUGAGCAACUUUGUGCUUCGACGGACCGUCCGUACAAAGAGUCGCAUGAUCAAUGCCGCUAAUCCGCUUUAAAUCAUUGACCUGCACAAUUGUUUCUUUUCGAUUCCCAGGCAUUUCAGACGCCGUACGUCACAUGAUUCAGCACAGCCAAACUCGCUCACAAUCAUCAGAUCAUCAGCUUUCAGAAACCUGGGCUUUAUGUCCUUGCACAGAGACACUGCCAUUCCCCUCUCUGGCCUAAGAAUGAGAUUGUGCAAUUGUCUUUUUAGCCUUAAAACCUCCAAAUAUUCAAGCUAAUCACCAACAGCAAAGAACUGCCCCUCCUAAUACCUGUGUCCUUUAUCUUUGAACACCCAUCCUCCAUAAAAACCAUCCCCUCUGACCCCAGCGUCUUUGUACACAUCAGCUCAUCCGAACUGACCUAUGACCCCAAACCCUUCUAGAUUUAGCCGGACCCACUCCAGACAAUUUUGAGCUAACCGUUCACUAAGCAAGUGUUUGCUCAUUUGUAGUAUUUUCAUUUAUCUAAAAUUUGCCUUUUUGUAUUUAACCAUUUUAUACUGUACCUGAUGUGAUUGGUCAUUUGCCUAUAUUUUUUUUCUGAAUGUAUUCAGAAAUUUAUAUUUAAACGUUGAUUAGUCGUCAGCCUAAAUGCAACUUGCAGUGUGCAAUAUUUGUAAACAACCGGCUUCGUCCAUUUUUUAUUCUAAGUUCAGCUGGAAAGUACUGUAUUACGAUAAAAAGACGAAAUUCAAGAUACAAUUUUUCAUUCACAUUUUUUGCUGUACUGUAAGGUAACUUGAUUAAACAAAAACGAACAAAAAAUCUUGUAAAACCAAAGUAGUUUUGUGACCAUUCUAGAUGCAUAUUGCAUCUUUCAAACUAAAUAAAAAUGUCCAAUCUU